AUGGGUUCGGUCAACACGCUUUCCCUGGCCCUUUCUGAAGCCAAGGCCCGCUACGUAACCCAAAAUGCCAAAUCCAAGGCAUUCCACGAACAAGCCACCAAAUCAUUCCCUGGAGGCAAUACCAGGACGGUGCUUCAUACCGAUCCCUUCCCCAUCUGCAUGAAGUCUGGCCAAGGUUAUCAACUCACAUCUGAGGAUGGGAAUACCUACACAGAUCUUACAUGCGAAUUCACGGCAGCGCUCUAUGGCCACUCUAACCCUGUGAUUCUCGAUGCCGUGAGCAAUGUCCUCAAGACCGUGGGCAUGAAUGUUGGCGCAACGACAUCUCAAGAGCAAUUGUUUGCUCGGGAAAUGUGCCAGCGCUUUGGACUUGAACGAGUGCGCUUCACCAACUCCGGCACUGAAGCCAAUCUCCAUGCUCUGGCCGCUGCGAGGAAGUUCACAAACAAAAGAAAGGUCGUCGUGUUUAACCGAGGCUACCAUGGAGGAGUGCUUGGCUUCAAAGACGGGAAGCCAGCGCCUAAUAAUGUUGACCCAAACGAUUGGAUCAUCGUCAAGUACAAUGAUGUCGAUGCUGCCACCAAGGCAAUUCAGAGUGAGGGAGUGGCCGCUGUCCUGUUGGAAGGGAUGCAAGGAAACGGAGGGUGUAUUCUUGGAACUCCAGAGUUCCUGACUGGCAUCCAAGACGCUGCUACAAAGGCCGGCGUGGUGUUCAUCCUCGACGAGGUCAUGACUUCUAGAAUAUCAGCUUCUGGCUAUGCAGGCCUGCGAGGAAUCAAGCCUGAUCUCAAGACGUUUGGCAAGUAUCUCGGCGGUGGCCUCGCUUUUGGCGCCCUGGGCGGAAGAGCCGACAUCAUGGCAGCCUUCGAUCCGAGACUCGCCACCUCGAUCUCGCAUUCUGGCACCUUCAACAACAACACGCUCGUGACACAUGCUGGCUACGCGGGUCUCAGCAAGAUUUACACUGCCGACGUAGCGGAAAAGUUUACCGAGAUGGGCUCGGCGUUUCUAUCCAGGCUUCAGGAGGCAGUUAAAGGCACAAGGAUGACCUUCACUGGAAUUGGGUCUAUCCUGUGCUCUCAUUUCAUCGAAGGAGAUGUAGAAGUGAAUGAGAUUGCUAGUGGAGACGAUGUUCAAGAAAACGAGGUGCUCAAGGAGCUGUUUUGGUUUGAGAUGCUGGAGCAGCGGUUCUGGGUUACUCGCAGGGGCUUCAUUGCGCUGAUCCUGGAGACGCCGCAGUCGGAGCUGGACAGAUUUGUAGAUGCUGUGAAGGCGUUUGUGUCAAAGCAUAACGACAUAUUGGCGAUUUGA